AGGAGCGGAGCGAGAUUGGCAAAGUCAGUUGAGAGAAGAGAGGGAACGAAGAACGAUGGAGGAUCUGUACUUGAAUAUAUAUAUAUAAAUACAUCAUACAGUCGUUAGCUUUGAAAGAUAAAGUUGUCGAGAUUUUGAAUCGUUCGGUAACGGCCUUCUUCGAUUAUUUGUUGUUCUUGCCGUCAGUCCCGUACUCUCCUAAAGAGAUGAAUUCGUUCAGCCACUCCAAACGUCAGCUUAAUGACUCGCUCACUCCCCCGUCCUCCUUUCUUCUAAGUGAGAGUGAGCAGACCGAGGACGAAGCAGAAGUCUUCUCUUCAGAGGGAGAGGGGGAGAAUGGCAGCAGGGGCAAGUCCUCCUUUACGUUUGCUUUCACAGGUCAUUCAGAUCGGCCCUGCUGCAGGUCUGACAAUGAUCAAGCAGAGUGCCGCUCGGUCAGAGCACGACGUCCAGCCUCAGCCCACUCACCUGAAGCCAUCACAUUAGACUCGCCAUCGGUCACACCAGGGGACAUGGCCUUUGCUCAGAAAUGUGCAGAUUUGCACAGGUUUGUCAGACCUCUGCUUGAGCUCCUAAAUGGACUGAAGACUGGACGAUUCCACAGAGGUUUAAGUAGUUUUCAGCAGAGUGUUGCCAUGGAUAGAUUGCAGAGGAUUCUUGGAAUCCUACAGAAGCCUGACAUGGGUGAGAAGUACCUUAGAACUCUGCUGCAGGUCGAAAUGAUGCUGAAAGUGUGGUUCCCUCAGGUGGCUGUUGAGCCUUUGGUUACAGCAGCCCAAAGCAACAGCCUUAAGCUCCCAUCACGCUGGCGCCAAAACCAACUCCAUAUCCCUGUUAAGAAGCGAAAGCUGAGCUGGUCAGAUUCUGAUCCCUUGAGCUCAGUUUCACCCCCGUGUAAGCGCUAUCAACAAGGAAAGUUGGAGAUGAGCCAGACAGUGACUUCACACAACAAUGUUUCCACAUGUCAACCUGUAGCUUGUCAAGAAGGAAAUGCAAGACCAGAAAAGGACAGCUGCACAUCUGGACAUAGUCUUACAGAGAGCACUGGCACUUCAAACAUGCCUUCGGAUUUGUGCAAUGGGCAGGAAAAUGGAGACUUUAAACAGCUUGAGAUUCCUCCACCCUCCCCUUGUGAUAACUCAGCCACACAAGACUGCUCUGUCUCCUCCAGUUCCACUUUUUCUGAAGCUGAGUUACCUUAGCUGUCCUUCGCUGGACUGCUGCCAUACAGCAGUGCCACAGCAUGCCAGCCAACGUGAAGGGGGAAGGAGAGCCUCAGAUGACAUCAGCAUAAGGCUGUGGCUACUCAGCUGAGGCAUGCCUAACAACAUAAGGGAGGAGGACAAAUACAGAGAAAUGUCAAAGAAGUAACUACCCAGUGUAACAUUUGAAUACACUGGGGCCAUUGCACUAUAUGACCAUCAAUUGUCUUACCUUAGAACUGUAAGUGAGUGUUACAUUUUUCAUCCAUAAAUGGCUUUUACAAUUUUAAAAAAGUGUUGAAAAUAUUCUGUAUGUGUAAUGUGAUGAAGCAGUCAGUGCUAUAUUUUUUGUAUUUUUUUCUUAUCAUGUGGAGCAAAGAUGUAACAUAAUAGUAUUUUAUGCCACUGAUGGAAAAACAGAAUAGAGGCAGCCUUUACUAAAAGGGAGGAACUCACAGUAGAUCAUUGAUGGUACAUGUUCUAAAUUCUCAAUUUUUCAGGCACAGUAAUGAUUGAAAAAGACGGGAGUUGACAAAAAUGUGUUGUGCUUCCCCAAGUGAUUGUGAACCAUGCCAUACUACAGGCAUUUAGCCAUUGCCAGAGUGCCAAACAAAACACAGCUUUUUAUUACACAACUCAUCUUAAAUAAUUGUUUGCUUCUGUAUUGUUGAACAAUUAACAGGCAUACAUAUUUGAUUCUGUGUGACUGAAUAGUUACAAUUUGCACUUUUGGAAGACUGCAAAGAUAGGUUACACACAUAUGAAACAUCAAAUUUUCAUUUUUGUUAUUUAUGAAAGAUCUGUUUGAUCAGAUCACUACUUGAAAAACUUGGAUUAUUGUGGCUGCCUUUUUUUUUUUUUAGCCUGAUUGUGUGUUACAUCUGAAUAGGUUUAGUGCUUUGUGAAUAUUUUCUUUUUUAGUUGAAAUCUUCAUGUUUGACACUGUGGAUGUAAGGUGUUUGUAAUAUAAAAGAAAAUCUUAGGUUAUUGCCAAAGAUACCUUUCACAGAAAUAUUUUUGCAUAGGUUUGCGAAAGCACAAUUCUCAAAAUGAAACUCCUUGAAAUGAAACAGCCCACACUCCUAUCUUUUCUAAAAGGAAAUGCUAGUGUGUCAAAUUAAUUGGACUUUGCUUCUGAAUUUGCCAAUAGGACUAAUAGUGCUGUACUAUUAAUUUAGAAAAAUGACAACAGAACAAAAAUAUGUUGUCCUUCUCUACACAUUCUUUAUAUCAAAUUUUAUUUGGGUAUUGAAUUUCAGUGUUUUACAAGGAAAUAUCAUUCAUGUUGAAUGGCCUCCUAUCCUAUGUGGCUUCUAGCUAGUCAGCCAUGCAACCACAAAAUGAUCAUGAUUCUUAAUUGUACAUCAAAUUGGAAUUAUGUAGUUGGUUGAAUUGUUCAAACUGAAUUAAUUUCUCCAACUGAAACUUUUUUUGGGGGUGGGUAUGUGAAUUUAAUUAUUUUGAAUGCUUUGGUUUAGUGAAAUAUAUUGAUGGCUCGAAUGAGAUGACACAUUGACCUACCGUGUAAAAUGAAGGUUAUCCACAAUUUAAAACAAUCACAUUUACUAAGCAAGAGUUGUAUUAAACAUUUAAUGGAAAGAUGAAAA